UUGUUUCUCAAUUAUAUAAUGUCAAGAAAAUUGCACGGAGGUAAAUAAAUAAUUUUGAUGCUAACGUGAUUUUUUAUAGGAUUUUUUCAUAUUUACACAUUUUUCAAUGAAGGCGAUAUCAUUUGCCGAGUUAACGAAGCAAGUGCAUUUAAUUAAUGAUUUGAUAUUGUCUGAUAUGACAUGUGGUAACGAAGAUGCUUCCGAAGAGGCUGUUUCCUUCAGCAGACAUUUACUUGCAACUAAAUACUGGUUUGUGCGCAUAUCCUGGGCAAAUAAGAAGCGAUACGUCCUUGCUCUUUUAGAAGACGUAAGGAGCGCUUGGGCUCUUUCUUUAUUAUUGAAAUCCUUGUGGAAUUGUCGCCCUAAGGAUGCAGUAAUGUCUGUUAGCGAGCAAAAUGUGUGGAGUAGCUACGACCAAGUACCAAUAGAUCACAACAGGACCGCUCUACCCAUAACAACGUUGGCGCAAGUUAUGAAGAGUGAUCGUGUUUGGUUCCUGACGCUAGACCCGGAGACUCAAGCAUUGGUGUUAUCGGAACUCUUGACAAUAUCCGGUGGUCCUAUCAUGUGGGCAGUGCUCAGACGAGCGCAAAUCCUAUACGAACGGUAUCGCAACCAGCAGCUCCAGAACUUGCAGGAGUGUAUUGUUGUCAACGACCCGCCUCCGGAAAAGACACAACAGUCCCAAUCUGCGCAACCAGUAACACCAGAAAAGAUUAAAAAGGAUACUCAUGCGGCCCGGGGAAAGACUUCUGGAAUAAUGUCGACAGCUGAUCCUGGAAAAGCGGUCCCGCCGCCUGGCCAAGCGCAAAAGGAGUUGGAAAUCCACCUAGCCCAAUGGAACGCGACCAUCAAAUCAUUGCGAGAUAGUUUGAAGUUAGAGGAACUCGAAAUGAUUUUCAACGAUGGCACCAAACGUAAGAUUUGGAAGGUUAACCGACCGAAACCAGAAGCGAUUGAAACAGUAGAUUUUGUUCAACUGCUACCAUCGUCAAUAGGUAAGCGGAUUUUGUCGUACCUACCUCGCGCUCAACUUGGAGACUACGCUCGCGUCAAUAAGUACUGGGCUUAUCUCGUUGAUGAGUUUCGAGCCGAGCUCGCUGUACGAGCCAAAAUCGCCAUCGAUUUUGAGAAAUUACACGAUAACAUGCUCCGCCACGACACUAGUAUGGACUUGAUAGCCCACAUGGACACGCAAGGCGCCCCACCUAGCUCCCAAGGUAUUAUGAGCACUGUUCCCUCAAUCAAAGCAAAGCAACCACUGCCAAGCACGAAAGCAAGUGAGAAAUCUGGUGGCGCGUACUCUUUGAGGAAUUUCUUGAAAGAAAAGUUGUCUAAGCCUGGUAUUGUUCACCAAACACCAAUACGCAAUAUGUCCGAGUUAUCAGAAAGAUUAGAGCGACGUGGUGCUGCUGAUGAAAAUAUUUGGAAAUGGUGUGAGAACAUACUGAGUCGGGUGAAGAAAGAUCCAGAGCAAAAUUUGCAGGCUAAAAAGAAGGCGGAAGAAGGAAUUUUGUCUCUCGGCAACGUACACUUCCCAUGUCCGAUGAUGAAAGAAACCCUAGAAGUGCCACUAGAUCCUCCUCUGUACAAAGAUCCAGCGAUUACUAAUUCUAUGAAGCCUAAAAGAAAUAUUUCGGAUGCUGUAUUGCACAUUCCAAAAGAGCAAAGCAAUAAGCGUUAUAGUCUAUGGACACGAGACUUUUCCGGUCUUUAUCCUGUUUUUAAAAUACCAUCACAUCAAUCACCGAUUUGAAGUGUUUCGUUUUCGAAAAAUUAAAUAACUCAAACAAU